AUGAUUGCCAGCACAAAUUCAAGAUCGCGAGAGGAUCAACAGGAUCAACAACCAACAACAACAACAAUAACGGAUACCACCAACAAAGAGAAUAGUCCAUUCUUCAUUGAUGAUGAAUAUAAACUUCGGAUGACACGAGGAGAAGAGGAAGAAGAAGAUUUUCCAGAAAUGGUGGAUCAUGUUUUUAAUUAUGCACGACUUGUUUCCGAUACCAGUAAAAUGUAUCAACUGAAGAAUUAUUAUGCAGGAGCCUCCAACGGAUUUGUUCGAGUUUAUACAGCUGAGGGACAUAAAUAUUGGUUAGCUCAGGCAAUGACCACUCAUAGAGCCCCAGAUUUUAAAGUACAUUUUUCUGUUGAGAUUGAAGAUAUACCAAAAGCAUUCGAUAUUCUAGCGAAGCACUUCUUUUUGAGCCGUUGUAAGUUUGGCAUGAAAGCUUACAUGCUGAAAGACUGGAAGGACAAGCAUGCAUCUGAAAUUGCACAAUAUAGCGAAACUGUAUCAUCAGUUUCAGAGUUGAGUGUAGAACGUUCGAGUGUGGAAAAUUCAAUACUCUUGAAUUCAAAUGUUAAAUCUGAGGAUCAAUCGAGAGUGUCUUCAUUGUCCAUUGAUAGUGGAUGGCCUGAGCACAUGAGGGGAAGAGAAAUUACUGUUUACAUUUAUCGAUACUAUGAUUUGCAAAAACAUCACACCAUUAGAGAAUACGGUGAAGGAGGAUUAUUCAAGGAAUAUCCGAUACAUGUAAAAACAGAAAAUAAUCCAUACUACAAGUCACACUUUAUGGAAUAUCAACACAUGCAUCCUUUUGAAAUGUUUGAAUUGGAAAAAAAAGCAUGA